CCGAAAAGGCGUCGCAAAAGGGAGAAUUGUUUGAGAGCUCAGUCAUCCAAAAACGGCCUUUCAAUGUGAGAACUUGGGGAGCCGAAGAAAAUGUCGGAGGCAUCGCAGUAAAUUACACCCCCCCCCACACCUAAAAAAAGCAGCGAGGCUUUAGAGGGAGACGAGACGCGCAAACUGUUUCUGUUUUUUCGGGGGACUAAAGCCAAAGAGACCCGAGAGCCGAAGACGAGCUGUGAGCUCCGCGCACGGACGUUUUGCGAGCAGUGUAUGGAAGAUGUCUGGAAAGCGGGACUGGACUCCGUGGAUGAAAAAGAGAAGGGCGCCAGUGUUGUGCGCUCUGGGUGCAGUGCUACUGUGCUGCCUGCAGAGCGGCGCCUCUCUCUCCGACGAGGUGCCGUUGUUCACCGAGGAGCCCAUGUCCGUGGUGCAGAAGCUGGGCGGCAGCGUGAAACUGCUCUGCGGCGCCCGACCCGCCUCCGCCAACAUCAGCUGGCGCCUCAACGGCCGGGAGCUGGCGGACGGACACUCGGGCGUCGUGGUGGGGCCCGACGGCCUGUUCAUCCCCGCCCUGUCCAACCUGACGGUGGGCCGGUACCAGUGUGUGGCCAGCACGGCCACCGGAGCCUUGGCUAGCGUGCCCGCUAACGUCACCGCAGCUAAGCUGCGGGACUUUGAGGGCGAUGACCAGCAGGAGAUCGAGGUCGACGAAGGCAACACUGCUGUUAUUGAAUGUCACCUCCCCGAAAGCCAGCCCAAGGCUCAGGUCCGCUACAGCGUCAAACAGGAGUGGCUGGAAACAUCCAAAGGGAACUACCUCAUCAUGCCGUCAGGGAACCUGCAGAUAGCCAACGCCACGCGGGACGACGAGGGGCCGUACAAGUGUGCCGCCUACAACCCCGUCACCCAGGAGGUCAAAACAUCCACCUCCACCGACCGCCUGCGCAUCCGCCGCUCCACCUCGGAAGCGGCUCGCAUCAUUUACCCUCCGGCGUCUCGGUCCAUCAUGGUGACCAAAGGCCAGCGGCUGGUGUUGGAGUGCGUGGCCAGUGGCAUCCCCACUCCUCAGGUCAUCUGGGCAAAGGAUGGGCGGGACCUGCGCUCCCGCAACAACACGCGCUUCCUGCUCAGCAACCUGCUGAUCGACGCGGUGGGCGAGGCCGACUCGGGCACUUACGUCUGUCGAGCGGACAACGGCGUGGGCUCGGCCAGCUCGGCCAGCUCGGCGACGGUGCUGUACGACGUGCAGGUGUUUGAGCCUCCCCAGGUGACCGUGGAGCUGCAGCAGCAGGAGGUCGUGUACGGGGAGACGGUGCGCUUCACCUGCCAGGCCCGCGGCAAACCCGCCCCCUCGGUGAUGUGGCUUCACAACGCCCGUCCCCUGGCGCCGUCUCCUCGCCACCGCCUGUCCUCCCGGGGCCUGCGGGUCUCAAACGUGGGGCCUCAGGAUGACGGGCUGUACCAGUGCAUGGCUGAGAACGGGGUGGGCAGCUCACAGGCUUCUGCUCGCCUCAUCACAGUAUCAACCGGGAUUUUAUCCAGGGGCAAGCUGCCAUCCAUCUAUCGGCCGCUCAGCCCAGACAAGGUGCUGAGAGAGCAGCCGCCCGUGAGGCCCGGGGCCGCGGGGGCCACGCUGCCGCUUGACUGCUCCGAGCUGCCAGGACAGAUCCUGCCCGCCGAGGCCCCCAUCAUCCUGAGCCUGCCUCGCACGGGCAAGGCCGACUACUACGAACUCACCUGGAGGCCGCGGCACGAGCGAGGUGUCCCCGUGCUGGAGUACAUGGUCAAGUACAGAAAGGUGGGAGAUGCUCUGGCAGACUGGACCUCCAGCAGCAUCUCUGGCGCCCUCCACAAGCUCACUCUGGCUAAGCUGCAGCCAGACAGCCUGUAUGAGGUGGAGAUGGCCGGCAAAAACUGUGCAGGUUUAGGGCAACCUGCUAUGAUGACCUUCAGAACUGGCAAAAGUCGCAGAGGUGUAGGGCAAGAUGACCCCCCGAAAACUCCCGCCGUUCCUUCGCCGAGCCUCUCCCCUCCAGAAGCCCCCGACAAGCCCACCGUCUCCACGGCAACGGAAACGUCGGCGUACGUGACUUGGAUUCCCCGCGGCAACCGCGGCUUCCCCAUCCAGUCGUUUCGGGUGGAGUACAAGAAGGUGAAGAAGGCCGGGGAGGACUGGGUGACAGCGGUGGAAAACAUCCCCCCAUCCAGGCUCUCCGUGGAGAUCACGGACCUGGAGAAAGGUACGUCCUACAAGUUCCGCGUCGUGGCGGUGAACGUCAUCGGCUCCAGUCCUCCCAGCGCCCCGUCGAAGGCGUACACGGUGGUGGGCGGGAGAACCCACGAGCGCCCCGUCGACGGACCCUACAUCACCUACAACGAGGCCAUCAACGAGACCACCGUCAUCCUCAAAUGGACGUACACCGCCGUAAACAACACCCCCAUCUACGGUUUCUACAUCUACUACCGGCCGACGGACAGCGACAACGACAGCGACUACAAGAAGGACGUGGUGGAGGGGGACCGAUACUGGCACUCCAUCACCGACCUGCAGCCGGAGACGGCCUACGACAUCAAGAUGCAGAGCUUCAACGAGAAGGGGGAAAGCGAAUUCGGCAACGUGGUGAUCCUCGAAACGAAAGCUCGUCCGAAUCCCCAACGGCCCACUCCGUCAGAGGUCCCGGACUCCGGCUUCCAGAGCCCCAGCGGACUGGUGCCGCGGCCCGGCGACCUCCCCUACCUCAUCGUCGGCAUCGUCCUGGGAGCCUUCGUCUUCAUCAUUGUCGCCUUCAUCCCCUUCUGCCUCUGGAGGGCCUGGGCCAAACAGAAGCAAACGGCCGACUUGUGUUUCCCCGCCGCGGCCGCCCCCGCAUCCUCGUGCCAGUACACCAUGGUUCCCCUCCAGGGACUCGCCCUGGCCGGCCACUGCCCUCUGGACGGCCGCUCGGCGCCGCCGCCGCACGGCGUCUACCCGGCCAACCGGGAGUACGCCCCCAACAGCAAAGCUUGCCCCCCCACGCGCCGCCUGACGGGGCGCCAGCAGGAGGAGGGGGACUGUGAUUUGGAGUGUGACACGUUGUUGCCCCACACGAUGUCAAAUGGACACGUGCCUGUGUACCAUUACUCCUCCAGUGGUCCAGGUCAUCGCGAGCAGAGCUGCUGUCCUCCAGAUGACUCCACUCUGGAGCUCCUGGACUCCUCGCAUCAGCACCUCUGCUGCCAGGAACCGGGAGGCGACGGCAACUUCUUUGUUGGCGACGAGGCCGAGGACGGCUUCUCUUACAAGCCGGCAUCCUACCCUCACCUCUCUCUGGAAGACGAAGGGAUUUUCACCACUUCCUCUUCGGCAGCCUCGACGCCGCAAUCGGCAGACAUAAGAAUACAGGAAGUGAACAUCCUCCUGAGUGAGGGGUCCCCUGAGGACGGAGGGACAGCCAACACAAGAGAUGCUUAAGAGACCGUCCAACAAACAGAAGAAAACAAAUAUUUAUUUUUGUAUCACAGAUAUUUAUAUAUUUAAGCUUUUGUACAUACUGAUUAUACUGUAUAUUAGUUUAUUUUCACAAUGAAAAAGAAUCUCACUGAGCUGUCUGCAUUUCCCGGGGAGGACAAAUGAACACAACGAGACGUCGUUCCUCGUGUGAAGACCAGUCGAGGGACCUACAGCCUGCGGGGAGAUUCCUCUCAGCUGAGCACUUCAUUUCUAGACCUUCCUCACAGAUAUCCUCCAUCUUUAAUGUUUGGAUCACAGGUGCUCCAUGUACAAUUCAAACCAGACUGAUGCUGCCGUGAAGCUCUGUUGCUUUUGUCACAUAUUCACAACACAAACGUCUGUCCUUUUGUACAGCAAUAACACAAAUGUAUUAUGGAUUGUUCAUUAACAAAAUAUUAACAAGUGUAUGCACCAUAAAUCAUUCUUUCUGUAGUGUACAAGAGAUCAUAUAUUGUAUAGUUAUUUAUUUUUUUAUUGUGCUUUUUUUUUUUUUUUAAUCACUGAAUGGGAGAGAUUCUGGAAAAACUGUCUUAAAACUCAAGUCAUUGAUAAGCUGAACUUCACACUGCAACCACUUCUGUGUUUACUCAUUUGCUGGUUACCAAAUGCCUGCCAGGUGAAGGGCGCUGUGACGUGCGUCAGUAUUACUCCUCCAUCACAGGUCGGUGCAUUAAGUAUUAAGUCUUUGCCAGAGACGUCUGCAGACAAAAUGAAGGAGAUCCUGAAUCUACACUCCCCUCAUCAGUGUGGCCCUUGUGUGGUUGCACAUGCUGGAGCACUAUUGCUUGUAAAUAAAAGCCUAUAAAAUUGA